CUUCCUCAUCUUGAUACCAUCCACGAAAUAUCAAACCCCUCGUAUCCUGCCUCGUCUCCUCGUAUCCCGCCUCGUCUCCCGCCUCGUCUCCCAAUGGCGCAAGAUAUCCCUUCAAACGAGCCGCUGGCCGUGGUUGGCAGCAGUUGCCGGUUCGCCGGCGGCGUCGACUCGCCCUCGAAGCUCUGGGACCUCCUGGAGAAGCCAAGAGAUCUGUCGAAACGCGUCCCUGCGGAUCGCUUCAACGUCGAGGGCUUCUACCACCCCAACGGCGAGUACCACGGCACCACAGACGCCACCAAGGGAUACUGGCUGGAAGGAAACCACCGCGUCUUUGACACAUCCUUCUUCUCCAUCACACCCAAAGAGGCCGAGACCAUCGACCCUCAGCAGCGUCUGCUCCUCGAGGUCGUCUACGAGUCUCUGGAGUCGGCAGGCUACGACCUGAAGCAGUACGCGGGCAAGAAGGUCGCUGUAUUUGCCGGCAUCAUGACGGCGGAUUUUGACACCCUCUGCCAGCGCGACGACCUCCUGGGCUCGCAGUACCUGGCGACCGGCAACGCGCGUUCCAUAAUCUCAAAUCGUAUCAGCUACUUUUACGAUUUCCACGGCCCGUCCAUGACCAUCGACACGGCAUGCUCGGCCUCACUGGUGGCGCUACACCAAGCAGUCCUCAGCCUCCGCAGCGGAGAGAGCACCAUGGCCUGCGUGGCAGGCGCCAACAUGAUGCUGGCGCCCGAGCAGUUCAUCACCGAGUCCAGCCUGCACAUGCUGAGCCCAUCGGGCAGGUGUCGCAUGUGGGACGCCGGCGCGGACGGCUACGCCCGCGGCGAGGGCGCGGCCUGCCUGCUCCUCAAGCCGCUGAGCCGCGCGCUGGCCGACGGCGACGCCAUCCAGGCCAUCGUGCGCGAGACGGGCGUCAACUCGGACGGCCGCACCAAGGGCAUCACGAUGCCGAACCCGGUUGCACAGUCGGCCCUGAUCAGGGACACGUACUCCCGCGCGGGUCUCGACCCGAGGCGCGAGGCCGACCGCUGUCAGUACUUUGAAGCUCACGGCACAGGAACACACGCGGGUGAUCCGCGUGAGGCUGCUGCCAUUGCCGACGCCUUCUUUGGAGACGGAGACACAUACGCGGAAGGGGUGGUGCCGCCGAAUCAAGAGGCCCAGAGGAAGCUCCUAGUGGGCUCGGUCAAGACCGUCAUCGGCCACACAGAGGGCGCUGCCGGCCUGGCUGGAGUGCUCAAAGUCAUCCAGGCAAUGAAGCACAAGACGGUUCCCCCGAAUCUCCACUUGGAGACACUCAACCCCAGCGUUGAGCCGUUCUACACCAACCUCGAGAUCCCAGUCUCUGCUACCCCGUGGCCGGCGGUCGAGAACAACCAGCCACUCAGGGCGAGCGUCAACUCCUUUGGCUUUGGAGGCACCAACUCGCACGCCAUUCUUGAGCGAUACACACCCGACAUCCACUGCCCUAUUGGCAUCUCCUUCGGUCAGACUGGACGGAACUCUAUCCCUCCCACCAUCGCACAGGAGCUACAGCAAUCCGAGGUCCCGCUGCCUCUAGUGCUAUCGGCAAACUCGCAGCAUUCUCUGUACUUGAUGGUGGAAAAGUACCGAGACUUUCUCGUCGGCAAGGCUGAUGUUUUCGCAUCUCCCAAGCCCUUCUCGCAGCUGCUCUACCACCUCUAUGCCAAGCAGAAUCCUUUCCCCUUCAGGCUGGCUGUCACGGCCAGGACCGCCACGGAGACCAUCGAGAAGCUCAACCAGCUACUUCUAGGUGCACCGGCCUCGAAGCAUCCCCAGCUCGGCUCGAGGACAGCUACUCAACAGCUAGAGCCCAACAAGCUCAGGAUCCUGGGAGUAUUUACCGGACAGGGAGCACAGUGGGCCACAAUGUCAAGGGACCUAUUCUUGAACUGCGAGGGAUACAGGCGUUCCAUCUCGGAGCUGGACGCUGUGCUCCGUUCGUGCCCAGACCGUCCGAACUGGACUCUCGAACAGGAGAUCCUUGCGGACCCGUCGGUCUCCCGAAUCGGUGCUGCCGCCAUCUCGCAGCCCCUCUGCACUGCCCUCCAGGUCGCCAUGGUUGACCUGCUCACAACCCUCGGGGUGACAUUCCACUCCGUCGUAGGUCACUCUUCCGGCGAGAUUGGAGCGGCGUACGCGGCGGGUUACGUCACCGCAAAGCAGGCCAUCCUGAUCGCCUACUAUCGAGGGAAGUUCGCCAGCCUAGCUCGCCCCAAAGUUGCAGUCAGCGUGAGAGACGACGAGACGGCACCUAAGCAGGCUGGCGGCAUGAUCGCUGUCGGCCUGUCGAGAGUGGAGGCGGAGGAGCUGUGCAGCCAACAAAAGUACGUGGGACGCGUUGUGCUUGCCGCGAGCAAUUCGCCAACCAGCGCCACGCUCUCGGGAGACUUUGACGGAGUCAUCGAGAUCCAGAAGGAGCUGGAGGCGCAGGGAAAGUUUGCUCGCAUCCUCGCCAUCGAUACGGCAUAUCACUCGCAGCAUAUGCAGCUGCCUGCCGCCAGGUACGGGCCUGCCCUGGAAGCGUGCGGUGUCGCGCAUAUGCCCAAGAUCACAGACAGCAAGACUCGGUGGUUCUCGUCCGUCCAUGGAGGGUCCGAGGCAUUCAGUGCCGCACAGAUCGAGCCGACGUACUGGGUGGAGAACAUGACAGCGCCUGUCCUCUUCCGCGAGGCGCUGGAGAAGGCUGUUGAUGAGGCUGCGAGUUUCGACCUCGCCAUUGAGGUUGGCCCGCAUCCUCAGCUCAAGGGACCCGCGAUCCAAACAAUCGAGGCUCUCGGAGGAACUAAGCUUCCUUUCACUUACUUGGGCGUCCUCGACCGCAAGAAGGGAGAUCUUGCAGCCUUCUCCGACUUUCUCGGCUCUCUCUGGACCAAUUUUGGGCCUUCUGCCACUGCUGUCGGCGCAGCAAUAACUAGCUCGGAAUCUGGAGGUGUCGAGCCUGAUGAGCUGCCCACUUACCCGUGGGACCACUCCCAGGUUCACUACCGAGAGUCCAGGAUAUCUCACCAAUACAGCAACCGGACUCACGCACCGCACGAGCUUCUUGGCGUCCGCACCAGAGACGAUAGCGAGCUCGAGAUGAGGUGGAGAAACAUCCUGAAGCUCGAGACGAUCCCGUGGAUCGAGCAUCACAAGUUCCAGGGACAGGCACUCCUCCCUGCUUCGGCAUACUGCGUCAUGGCGCUCGACGCCGCUCGGGUGUUCCUCAACGGCAAGUCCGCUACUGUGAUCGAGCUGCAGGAUGUUGAGUUUGUGAACGGCAUUACUAUCGAGCCCGGAACAUACGGGGUCGAGGUGCUGUUCACGCUGAGCGUCUCCCCGCCUCCGAAGGACUCGCGCUCUCGCAGUCCCCAGGAGAUCCACGCAACGUUCACGGUCUCCUCGGCCUACGCAGACGGAACCACGCCAAUGCGCCCGAACUUCUCCGGCCACAUGCGCAUAGAGCUCGGAACGCCAUCCGCGGAUGUGCUGCCGCCCAGGCCAUCUCUGCACCCCGAGACGAUGGCCGUCAGCACGGACGGCUUCUACAAGAUGAUGGAGGGGCUCGAUCUUGGUUACACGGGACCUUUCCGAGGGAUUGAGACCAUCCAGCGGCGUUUCAACUUUGCGUCCACCACGCUGCCCAAGACCCACCCCGAGGACACGACCACGCUCAAGGUCAGCCCGGCGAUGCUGGACACGUGCUUCCAGGCGUGCUUCUCAGCCUUCUCGUCGCCUGGUGAUCGGGCGCUGUGGACGCCAUUCCUGCCGCGGAGCAUCUCCAAGGUCCGAUUCAACAUGGCCGUGUGCGACAGAAACGACGACGAGCCGGACCAGAAAACCACGGUGGAUGCGCUCCUGACAGAUUUCCGACCCAUCUCCAAGCAGGGAGCCGCGACCAUCACGGGCGACAUGUCCAUCUACAACAGCAGGGGCCAGAUGGAGGUCCAGAUAGAGAGCAUGGUGGUCGCCUCGUUCGCCGCGACCAAGCCCGAAGACGACUACGAGCUGUACCUCCACACCGUCAUGCAAGCCGAUCCCGAGGACGAAAUUGCCGGCCUCAUGGCCUUUGACAAUGACAGGGCCGAGGAGGAGCAGCGGGUGCUCGAGGAGUGCUUUGAGCGCGUCAAGUCGUUCUACAAAACCAACCGCGCGCCGCACCCGAUGAGGAGGGACUCUGUGUUUAGCAACCGCAGCAACGCCUCGACCAUCGCGUCCUUCGAGCCCCCUCCCUUCGUCGUCGAGGGCCGCGCUACUAGCGCCUGGCCGCACGAGACGCACCAGUCGCUCCGCCAGUUCAUCGAGUCGUCGCGGUACCCGGCCGCCCUGGAGCUGCUUAGCUCGCUGGCGGCGAACCUAAGCUCGUCCAUCCUGGACGUAAUGGUGCCGAACGUCACGAUGGAGGCGCUGACGCUACUGCGCUUCCAGAAGCACCUCGAGACUGUGACGUGCCAGAUCGCCCACCGCUACCCGCGCAUGAAUAUUCUCGGAGUCACCGAUCCGGACUUGUUCCUUGUGGAGCACGUCCUCGCUGGUCUGGGCUCGUCUUUCCUCAGCUUCACCACGGUCGGCGCCGAUGAGCGCUUCGACCGCCGCGUCCUCGACAGGCUGCCGCAGAACGUACGGGAUAAGGUUGUUACGGACAACCAUCUCCUUAGCGACAAGGCCAAGAGCGAUGAUAACGGCACGGCCUACGACAUGGUCGUCCUGCCCACUUCCGUCAUGGAGCCAGGCCAGGCGGCAGCAGUGCUCAAGGUGAUCCGGCAUCUGAUGAAGCCCGGCGGAUUCCUGGUCUUGAUUCACGCCUCGACAAACCCCCUCAAGGAUAAUAUCCGGCGGUGCGCAGGUUCUUUGGCGGGAUCUCCCAGCGUCAGCAACGGAGCUCUCACGCCGCCCGACUGGCCCGACGCGCUCGAGGAUUGCGGUUUCGUCAGGGGUCCGGCAAAUGCGGACCAGCACUUCCCACCAGGCUACACCCUCAUCGUCAGGCAGGCGGAGAGUGCCGAAAAGGAGAUGCUGCGCCUUCCCUUUGGCCCAGCCGGCCCAGGACCCGCAGGAACAAUGGAGGGCGACGCUCCUUCCCGCAAGGCCGUCUUCGGCACCCUCACGUCGCAACUCCUCAUUGUGGGUGGCGGCUCGCGUCAGACGUCGGACCUGACCGAGGAGAUUGUGGACAUGAUUGAAGCGUCCUGCAGUAAUGAUGUAUGUGUCGCGCGCGCGUUCGAGGACAUCGACCCGGCCGACAUUUCCAGCUGCACCGCCGCCAUCGUCCUCGCUGACCUGGACUCGCCUGUGCUCUCCCGCAUGACCGAGGAGCGCCUGGAGACGCUCAAGGCUCUCAUGAGGCCCGACAUGCGCAUCCUGUGGGUCACAAAUAUCGAUGGCGAAACCGGCACCGAGCAGUCGGCGUCCUUUGGCUUCGCCCGCACCCUGAUCGCCGAGAUGCCGAGCCUGGCUCUGCAGAUGCUCGACCUGGACACGCUCGGCGGAGCCGCCAAGACGAUUGUCGAGAGCUUCGCUCGCCUCUGUCAGCAGGCUUCGGUGUCGUCCAACAGCAGCAGCCCGGAUAGCCGCGAUCCCGACAGCAUCCUCUACUCGUACGAGCACGAGAUCCACAUCAAGAAGGGGCGGCGCAUAGUCCCCCGCGUGCUGCCGUACCAGCCUGCCAUCGACCGAGUCAAUUCGGCACGCAGGAUUAUCACGACGCCGGUCAACACCACCGCGAAGAGCGUCGAGAUCGUCCCUGUGCAGUUCUCCGACGGUGCGAUGCAUUACGAGGCCCGCCACGUCAACUUCAGUAUCUCCGACGUCCCUCCCGGCGAGACCCCGGUCCAGGUGCUAUACAGCGCUCUCAACCCGAUCAGCGGGAGCGAACACUUUCAGUACCUGUGUGUCGGAAAGAUGCUCGAUCCUCAAGAGGAAGGCCGCUCCGUGGUCAUGUUUUCAAAGAUGAACGCUUCGCUGAUCCAUGUGAAGAGAGAGAGCAUAUACGACGCGCCCCAUGUCGAGGGGGUGCUGAACUCUUCACUGUUCGCAACGUGCCUUCUCCAAGCGCUGAGAGCCCAGAUCCUCUGUCACGCUGCGCGCCUCCCGAUGGUGCUUGUCAAUGCCGAGUCAGCCUUGCUGGAGUCGAUGAAAGCGACAUUGAGCACGCUUUGGCCGCAGAUGGUGAUUGCCGUCACUUCCAAUAAAGAGGUGGCGGAUGCGAACAGCGAUUACAUCUACAUCCAUCCGCGCUCAUCUCCGCAAGCAAUCAAGAGCGCCCUACCAACCUCCAGAGCCUACAUCGUAGACUACUCGGCGGACAACGACGGCUAUGCUCAACUGAUCUGCGACUGCCUCCCCAACGGAUCACAGUAUAUCCGCUUUGGAGACAACUGUUUCAGCCCCAAGGAUAUACUCCCCGGAGAGGCAGCCGAACUCACGAACGCGGCCAUCGACGUCGCCGCCGAACUAAUGUUCACCGUGGGGGCCCGGGAUACGAACCUCCCCACCGUCAGCGUUCCGCACCUGCUCCAGCGCUCGAGCCUUGCUCCAUUCUCGCCCGACGUCAUAGUGGACUGGCGCGCCGAGAGGACCGUGGCCGUAUCGCCAACCGACCAGCGUCAGCCGCAGAGCCUCGCUCGCUCCGCCUCCUACGCCGAGAAGCCCACGCUCCUGCGCCACGACCGCACCUACGUCCUCAUCGGCAUCACUCGCGACCUCGGCCAGAGCCUCUGCCAGCUUUUCGUCAACAACGGCGCUCGCCACAUCGUCCUCGCAAGCCGCAGCCCGCCCCCCGCCAGCAGCCUCUCAUGGGUCAGCGCGCUAGCCGGACGGGGCGUCACCGUCCAAGUCGAGACCCUGGACGUGACGGACUUGGACUCGGUCCGCCGGUUCGCCCGCCGCCUCCCAUCCGCGCCGCUCUGCCUCCCCCCUGUCGCGGGCGUCGUCAACGGCGCCAUGGUGCUCGAGGACCGCGUCUUUGCCCAAAUGACGCUCGAGACGCUCAACCGCGUCAUGCGGCCCAAGACCAUCGGCUCGCAGAACCUCGACGCCGUCUUCGGGCCCUCGGCCGACCUCGACUUCUUCAUCAUGACGUCGUCGUUCGCGGCCGUGGGCGGGCACGCGGGCCAGGCCAACUACGCGGCGGCCAACAUGUUCAUGAACGGGCUGGCGGCCGACCGGCGCCGGCGGGGCCUCGCGGCCUCGGUGCUCAACAUCGGGGUCAUCUACGGCCUCGGGUUCCUGCACCGCGAGCGCGAGGGCCUGUACGCCGGCCUCGAGCGCGAGGGGUACCCGCCCAUCUCGGAGCGGGACCUCCACCACAUGUUCGUCGAGGCCGUGGUGGCGGGCCGCCCCGGCGCCGACGGGCCCGAGGCCCUGACGACCGGCCUCAGCCGGUACCGGGUCGGCGACCCGAACCAGCUGCACUGGCACCGGGACCCCCGGUUCUGCCACUUCACCACCACUGCCGGUGGCGAGGCGGCCGCCGGCCCGGGCCAGUCAGCUGGCGACGGCAGCCCCCGCCAGCGCGUCGAGCAGGCGCGCGGCGCCGAUGAGGUGCGGGCCGUGGUGCUGGCCGAGCUGGUGGCGCGGCUCGAGGCGGUGCUGCGGCUGCCGGCCGGGUCGGUCGCGGCCCAGGACGACAGCGUGUCGGGCCUGGGCAUCGACUCGCUCAUGGCGGUGGAGCUGCGGGCGUGGCUGCACCGGGCCACGGGGCGGGACGUGCCCGUCAUGAAGAUCCUGUCGGCACCCAGCAUCGCCCGGCUGGCCGACGACAUCGCCGGGCUGGUGCUGGCCGACCGCGAGGUGUGAGGGGGCUUGGGCUGGGGUUUGGGUUUGGGUUUGGCUGCUUUUUUUUCGAACAAGAUGAGACGGGACCUUUUUUUCUGUUUGUUUGUUUGCCUUGUCUUUUGCUUUGGGCUUUUUUGUUGUUGUACCAGUUGCCGCC